CACGGGAAUACGGAUCCAAAUAACGAGCUAAAAUGCCAAUCCCCAAUUACAUUUCGUGAUUUCCAUUUCCAAACCACGAACUGGAAUGAUGUUGUGUGACUAUUUUUUUACUGCAGGACAUUUGGUCGUGUUUUAAACUGUUUCCAUUGUUUUGUUAAAAUUGCUCUGACGACGCGGUCGGCUACCUUAUUGUCGAUGCCUUGAUGGAGUGUUAGAAGUUAACACUUGAUCCUUCUCACCGUGGCAGAAUGGCAGAACUCAGGGUGGGAACGCGUGUUAUGUACGGUGAUCGAAGGGGCACGGUGUGCUUUGUUGGAGCCCUUCACUCUUCCGAGCAUCCAGGGAUUUUCGCUGGGAUCUGCUGGGACGAGAGUCAGCCUGGCCUUCACGAUGGGGUUUUCAGAGGAAUACGCUACUUUCAGUGCAGACCCUCCAGUGGCUCGUUCAUCCCGAUGAGUAAAUUAAAUCAAGGCGAGACUAUUAUCGCUGCGCUGAUGGAAAAAUACGGGACGCCAGCGGAUACGCACCUCGGAGUUAGCUUUGGAAAUAAGGAAGUUUUGGCUGUGGGAUGGGAGAAAGUCAUGAAAAAAAUAAGUAACCUCGAGCGUUUGACCCUUGUGGAUUUGACUGGUCUAAACGUGUGUAUCCCGAUGCCCUUGAAAGACGAUCUCAGUCAGUUGAUUCCUAAUGUCCGUUCUUUGGGUCUUGGACGGAGCCUGAUCGGCUGUUGGUCCACUGUCAUGUCGCUAAUUCAGUCUCUGCCCCGUCUGGACGCCCUGGAUCUUUCUGAUAACCGCUUGGCCUUCGACGUCGAUCUUCAUUCCUCGCCAGCAAAUAGCAGAGUAAAGAAAUUGGUCUUGCGAAAAAAUGUGCUUGUAUGGGAAGAUGUCAUACGCAUUUCGGAAAUGUUUCCUCGUUUGGAAGAACUGUAUCUCUCAGAAAACUGCAUCCAUAGUUGUGGAAAUCCGGCUGUUGUCGGGAAUAAUUUCAGCACGCUUAAGCUGAUUGAUCUCGAUUCCCAAUCCCCACCGAUAGCAGACUGGAACGCUUUGGAUCCUUUAGGUCGGUGUGUUAGUUUGGAAUCCUUGCAACUCAGUGGCAACAACAUCGGAGAAAUUUCGUUUUCCGGAACGUCGGCUGGAAGCAAGACCGAUCUUUUUUCGAAUUUAACGCAUCUGACGAUUAAGCUUAAUGCCUUGAAAACCUGGUCAUCGGUAGAUGAGCUGAACAAACUGAAAACUUUGGAAAACCUGAAGAUUACUGGCAACUCAUUCCUGGACAGCGAGUCUCCAGAAACAGCACGGCAGUGGAUAGUCGCGAAGAUUGCUAAUUUGAAAAUGCUAAACCAAAGCCCGAUCAGUACGAGUGAGCGGCGCGAUUCCGAGCUGGAUUACAUGCGGCAUUUCGCGCGCGAAUAUCUUUCCUGUUCCGGGAACGACGAGCGACGCUCCCUGUUUUUAUCCCGUCAUCCACGCUUUCUGGACAUAGUUGCCAGACUGGGACCUCUGGAGCAAGAUGAAGUUAUCCCGGCUUCUGCUAUCCAGCUGACACCGGCUCCUUUGACGGUGACACUGCAGCACCACGACUGCCAGCACCAGAAAACCAUUCCACCGACCAUAAGUGUCAUGAAACUGAAGCGUAUAUUCCAGCGUCUGUUCCGUGAGCCCCUUGAAGUGGCACAGGUUCUUGCCUACAAGACGCCAAGUCAACCCGGUGUGGAGUUUGUAUUAGACGAUGAUCAGAAAGAGAUUGCGCACUAUGAUUUACGGUCGGGUGAUACAAUUUUUUUGAAGAGCGGCAAUGAGCGGGUGCCCGUUGUUUUUUAAGUAUUUUAUUAUUUUCAAGACAAGUUACAGAUUUUGCGCUGCGUACUGAAUGAACAGUGUAAAGCGCUUUAAAUUUGUUCCAACUUUUCCAGAAAUCGUUGAUCGGCUUCUUCGAUUCUUCUGAA